AUGUGGGACCCCCACAGGCUCCCCCCGGGGGCCCCCCCCUUCGCUCCUGCUGCUGCUUUAUCUGCUGAGGGUCUUGCUGCGCUGCGGGCCUUUGAGGGGGGUUUGGGGUGUAUAGACAGCAGCAGCGCAUGCAUUCAGGGGCUUUCUGCUGCUCUCGUGCAUGCAGCACAUUCGCCAGCAGUUUACCACUGUCUUGCUGCUCUGAAGGCCCAGAUACAGGCUCCUGCUGCUGCUGCUGCUGCUGGGGGCGGCGCAGCAGCAGCAGCAGCAGCAGGCUCGGGGCAGCUCGUGCUGCUGCUGUACGUGAUCAACGAUGUGCUGCAGCGGUGCUGCAGCUGUGGGGCCCCGUUUUUGCUGCAGCUGUGCCUGGACCCGCUGCGGAGCCUAUGCGCAGCAGCAGCGGCAGCAGCAGCAGCAGCAACAGCAGCAGGAGCAGCAGCAAAUGGACUAGAUGAAUUCAAAAGGGUUCUCGAAAUUCUAAAACAAAGAGACACUUUUGGGGGCCCCGAAAUAUGCGAAGCUCUUAUGAGGAUUUUGGCUGGACAGGAUGUGCAGCUGCCGCAGGUCCCCAAGCAGCUCAUGCUGCAGCAGCAGCAGCAGCAGCAGCAGCAGCGCCUCAGCCACAAAGCUGCAGAUGCACCCGAGGGCAGAUCGGCGAAGGGCCCCCAGACACUGGAUGGGUACCGGCUGCACUAUCCAUCUGCUGCAGAUGCUGCAACAGCAGCAGCAGCAGCAGCAGCAAUUCCAGCAGCACCAGAAGACACAGCUUUUAAGCAGCAGCUGCACCGAACCCUCACACUUGCCAAUGACUGCACUCUCACCAUCAGAGACGCCCAAGACAGCAGGAAGCGACAGAAUGCGAGGGUUUUGGAAGUGCAACAGCUGCUGCAGCGCCUCGCCAGCGGGGAAGACACGGAGGAGCAGCAGGCAGAGCUCAAUGAGCGGCCACAAACGGCGCCGUUUGCUGCAGCUCCCAGCGCCUUUUGGAGCCCUACCCAGGCUGUGGCUGCCAGCGGCUUGAAGGGCUUUCGCCUUAGCCCUCCAAAGCUAAGAGAGGCUCGCUGCAACCGCAGCAACAGCCGCAGCAGCAGCUGCAGCACUAGGAACAGCAGCCAACAGCAGGUGCAGCAACAGCAGCCAACAGCAUCCGCAGCAGCAGCAACAGCAGCCAACAGCAGCCGCAGCAGCAGCGACAGCAGUCGCAGCAUCAGCUACAGCAGCCAGCAUCAGCCAACAACAGCAGCCAACAACAGCAGCCAACUGCAGCCACAGCAGCAGCAACAGCAACAGCGGCAGCAACAGCAGCAGCAGCAACGGGUCUUGAAGCAAAGACACUUAGUGCUUGAAAUGGCAAAAAUUAUAUAA